AGCCGAAGUCAUGGACGUAGAUGCUGAAAGAGAGAAGAUAACACAGGAGAUCAAGGAGCUGGAGAGGAUCUUGGACCCCAGCUCCUCGGGCACGCGCAUGGGAAUCUCAGAGUCAAGUUUUGAGUCAGAUUCUGAAGCAGGGACUACAGAGGCUGAGGCAAGAGGAUUGUUCAAUCCAGGAGUUCGUGUCCAGCCUGGAUGUGACGCAGCAAGAGCCUGUCUCUAAAAAUAAUAAUGAUGAUAAAAUGAUGGCUGGUGCUGCUUGGACCAGGCCCAAAUUUUUACCAACACUGGUGUCUGCCAGCCAGAGAGCUUCUGACAGUUUUACCAACACUGGUAUCUCCAGCCAGAGAGCUUCUGACAGUUCCUUCUUUGCUGGCCCCUGAACCUGCUGGCUGUGUGUGUACUGUGGGCUCUAGGCCUCCCAGGGUCUGGCACUGGCUGCCUCGGCCCUGUGCGGGGCUUCUGGAGUGGACCAUCCUGGGAGGAGAGGGCGGGCCUGGAGCUCACCCAACGGCAGCAUGGACAGUCCAUGCCUGGAUGGUCACCACAGCUCACACCCCCAGGAUCUCUUCUCCUCUCAGCCUCCCCUCCCCACCUGACCCCACCCCACAGCCUCCCCUCCCACAGCCUGCCCUCCCAACCUGCUCCCCUCCCGACAUGUUCCCCUUUAUGGUCCCUUUGGCUUUUGAGCCUUCCCCCAACCCCACCAGCUGCUGCCUUGCUGGGAGAUCUCCCAGCCUUGCUGCCCCCUCUCCCCAGACCCAGGGCCUGCCUCUGAGGCAACCUGCUGUCUUUCUCCUGUGGUCAGGGCUUCUGUGUCCAUGCCUCCCCUCUGACUGGCUGAGCUCCAGAAGGACAGGCCCAUUUUCCACUAAAGCUUCCCCGUCUGUCUCUUCAGUGCAAAACAGCCUGUGCCAUCCAGUGAGCCCUGUGUAGCAUUGUCCCAUGUGCCUGGGGCUCCCCAGCAUGCAGUCAGAGUCUUCUCUGUCUGGCUGACCCCGCCUUGGUCCAGUGCCCACCCCACUGUAGGGGAGGGAAGGUCCACUCACUGCAAGCUUCAGCCUGAGGCUCUCGUCACCAGACGGCCCCAGGCCCAUCCUCCUCUGCCCUGCCCAAGAGGCAGUGGUGAGCUGCACCCCACCCCAACCCAAUGCUGGUCCCACACUGUGUUGCUUGUAUUUCUGACAGAUUCGCUGCCUUCUGAGGACCUGGACGCUGCUGAUGCCCUCAUCUCGGAAGAAGAAAGGUGGGGUGAAGCCAGCAAUGAUGAGGGCGACCCCAAGGAUAAGACCCUCCCCGAAGACCCAGAGACCUGCCUGCAGCUGAACAUGGUCUACCAGGAGGUCAUCCAGGAGAAACUGGCUGAUGCCAACCUGCUGCUGGCCCAGAACCGGGAGCAGCAGGAGGAACUCAUGAGGGAUCUGGCUGGGUCCAAAGGCACCAAGGUGAAGGAUGGCAAGAGCCUGCCCCCAAGCACAUACAUGGGGCACUUCAUGAAGCCGUAUUUCAAGGACAAGGUUACCGGCGUGGGGCCCCCUGCCAACGAAGACACGCGGGAGAAGGCUGCCCAGGGUAUCAAGGCUUUCGAGGAGCUCCUCGUGACCAAAUGGAAGAACUGGGAAAAGGCCUUGCUCCGAAAGUCAGUAGUGAGUGACCGCCUGCAACGAUUGCUUCAGCCCAAGUUACUGAAGCUCGAGUACUUGCACCAGAAGCAGAGCAAAGUCUCCAGUGAGCCAGAGAGGCAGGCCCUGGAGAAGCAGGCCAGGGAGGCCGAGAAGGAGAUCCAGGACAUUAACCAGCUUCCUGAAGAGGCUUUGCUGGGAAACAGGCUGGAUAGCCACGACUGGGAGAAGAUUUCCAAUAUGAAUUUUGAAGGCAGCCGCAGCGCAGAGGAGAUCCAGAAGUUCUGGCAGAACUCGGAGCACCCCAGCAUCAACAAGCAGGAGUGGAGCAGGGAGGAGCUGGAGCGGCUGCAGGCGAUCGCGGCUACACAUGGCCACCUGGAGUGGCAGAGGAUUGCAGAGGAGCUGGGGACCAGCCGCAGCGCCUUUCAGUGCCUCCAGAAAUUCCAGCAGCACAACAAAACCCUGAAACGCAAGGAGUGGACGGAAGAGGAGGACCGCAUGCUCACACAGCUGGUGCAGGAGAUGCGUGUUGGCAGCCACAUCCCCUACCGCAGAAUUGUCUACUAUAUGGAAGGGAGGGACUCCAUGCAGCUGAUCUAUAGGUGGACCAAGAGCUUGGAUCCUGCCCUGAAGAAGGGGUGUUGGGCCCCAGACGAAGAUGCUAAGUUGCUUCAAGCUGUUGCCAAAUAUGGGGAGCAGGAUUGGUUUAAAAUCCGGGAAGAGGUGCCAGGUAGGAGCGAUGCCCAGUGCCGAGAUCGGUAUCUCAGGAGAUUACAUUUCAGUCUGAAAAAGGGGCGGUGGAAUUUAAAAGAAGAGGAACAGUUAAUUGAAUUAAUAGAAAAAUACGGUGUUGGGCCCAUGGCGAGUCUCCUGGGGAACAGCGAGUUCGUCUUGGGGACGAAUCUUUGGAUGACACCAUUUCCAUGGGGUUUGGCCUUUGUAGGUCACUGGGCAAAAAUAGCUUCUGAGCUGCCCCAUCGGUCCGGCUCCCAGUGUCUGAGCAAGUGGAAGAUCAUGAUGGGGAAGAAACAGGGUCUCCAGAGGCGGCGUCGGAAGGUCCAUCACAGGGUCCGCUGGAGCUCUAGCAGCAGCAGCAGCGGCGGCAGCAGAGGCGGCAGCAGAGGGGGCAGCAGCAGCAGCAACAGCAGUAGCAGCAGUGACGAGGAGGAGCCGGAGCAGGCGCAGGCCGGGGAGGAUGGCCGAGCGCUGCUGUCCCCACAAUACGUGGUCCCGGACAUGGAUCUGUGGGUUCCUGCCAGGCAGAGCACCAGAGGGGCAGGGGGCUGGCUGGGAUGCCCCACUGCCUCCCCCUGCCCUCUCAAGGGGUCCAGUGCCAGCCAAGAUGGCAGCAAGGAAGCUUCUGCCACACCCACGGCUCCUGGAGAGGAGAGGAGCCCAGCACAGGCCCCUGCCAGGGCCCACAGCCCCAUCCCGAGAGCUGCCCAGGCCUCCCACUUGGCAGACACUCGACCAGCGGGUGCAGAGCAGCAGGCCUCCGAGUGUGGGAGGCGUCUGCUGACGGUGCCCAUGGAGACCGUGCUGAGGGUGCUCAGGGCCAACACAGCUGUUCCGAGCUGCACACAGAAAGAGCAGCUGAGGCAGCCACCCCUGCUCAGCUCAUCCCCAGAGGUCAGCCCUGGUGACAUCGUGGCCCGGUCCCAUGUGCGGUGGCUGCGGCACAGAGCCGCCCAGAGUGGACAGCGGCGCUGGAGACAGGCUCUGCACCGGAGGCUCCUGGACCGCAGGCUACUCCUGGCUGUGACCCCCUGGGUGGGGGAUAUUGUCCUGCCCUGCACACAGGCUCCCCAGAGACCUGCCACAGUGCAGACUAGAGCGGAUGGCCUCAGGGAGCAGCUGCAGCAGGCCCGCCUGACCAGCACCCCUGUGUUUACCCUGUUCACUCAGUUAUUCCAGAUCGACACUGCCGGCUGCUUGGAGGUGGUCCGAGAGAGGAAGGCCCUGCCGCCCAGGUUGCCCCAGGCUGGUGCUCGGGACCCACCACUGCAUCUUCCGCAGGCCUCUUCAAGUGCCCACAGCACCCCAGGCCGCCCCUUCCCAAACGUGCUGGCUCAAGAAGCCUCAAAGAGCACCAGCCACAAAGGGAGCCGGAGACAGGCAUCCAGCCGGGCAGAGUGCACCCUGCCCCAGGUGUCCCCACUGGCUCCAACCGGCCCCCGGCCCAAGCCCAAGACUGUGUCAGAGCUACUUCAGGAGAAGCGGCUUCAGGAGGCCCGUGCCAGGGAGGCUGCCCAGGGCCCGGUGGUGCUGCCGUCCCAGCUGCUGGUCUCCUCGCCUGUGGUCCUCCAGCCCCCUCUACCACACGCCCCGCACUGCCGCCCAGCUCCCGGGCCCUCCAUCUUAAAUGCACCACUCUCUGGGCCUGGGACCCCCGCAGCAGCGAGGCCUGGCACUUCUGGCUUCCGGCAGGAGGUUGGGACUUCAGCCACGGACGAGAGACUCUCCACCCUGCAAGCCCUGCCCCUCACGCCUGCCUUCACGGGGGCCGAGGGCACAGCCCCUGCUGCUUUUAGAGCCUCUUCCCUGGGCCCCGGCCAGGUCUCUGUGAGCUGCCCCGGGAGCGGUCUUGGACAGUCUCAGGCCCCCGCUGCAUCCCGGAAGCAAGGCCUGCCUGAGGCACCGCCCUUCCUCCCUGCAGCCCCCAGCCCCACCCCACCGCCCAUCCAGCCCCUCAGCCUGACGCACGUAGGAGGACCAGGUGUGGUGGCCAGUGUCCCCCUGCCUGUCACCUGGGUGCUCACAGCCCAGGGGCUUCUCCCCGUUCCUGUGCCAGCUGUGGUGGGCCUUCCCAGGCCCGUAGGGACCCCUGGCCCCACAGGGCUGCUGGCCACUCUGCUGCCUCCCCUGACUGAGGCUCAGACAGCCCAGGACCCCAGGGCUGUGGCCAAUAUGAACGUGGAACCAAAGCCUUCCUGCAGGACAGAUUCACCAGCCCCUCCCACACAGGCCCCCUUCCAAAGUCCUGCAGAAGUGGAUGGCAGUGUGGCCUUUGUCUCUGGAGAGGCCCAGGUGGCCAGGGAGAUACCUGCACCCAUGACAUCCACCCAGACUGACCCCCCUGAAGCAGAACUCCCCUGGCCCAGGAGGCUGCCAGACUUUGGUGGUGCCAUCCCAGCAAGUGAGCCAGCAGGGACACCAGGGUCCCCCUCAGGGACACAGGAGCCCAGGGGUCCUCUGGGCCAUGAGAGACCACCCCUGCCACAGCCUGGGCCUGAGAAGGGGGUCCUGGACCUGGGCCUGUUGUCCCAGGAGGGCGAGACGGCCACACAGGAGUGGCUGGGGGGUCAGCGGGGGGUGCAUGUGCCUCCCCUGGUGAGCAGACUGCCCUACCAGCCCCCAGCCCUGUGCAGCCUGCGAGCACUGGCCAGUCUCCUGCUCCAAAAGAAAGCCCUGGAGCACAAGGCUGCCUCCCUGGUGGGCCUCCCGGCUGGGGUCAAAACUGAACAACCAACAGGAGCGAUGCAGACCUCACGGGGGCUGGUGCGGGGGCAGCUCCAGGACAACCCCGCCUACCUCCUGCUUCGGGCACGGUUCCUGGCAGCCUUCACCCUCCCUGCACUCCUGGCCACUCUGGCCCCCCAUGGCAUCCGCACCACCCUCUCAGCAGCUUCAAGGGUGGGCUCGGAGAGUGAGGAAGAAGACCUGAGCGAGCUAGAGCUCGAAGACAGGGCCAGGCAGCUGGGUCCUGUGGUGGCCACACAGCCCGUUCAGGGAGCCCCAGACUCUGGCAAAUGCUCCGCCUCCCCUUGCCAGGGUGCUUCUGAUGACCUUGAUGUUGACGACCUUGAUGUGCUGAGAACCCGGCAUGCCAGGCACACCCGGAAGCGGAGGUGGCUGGUGUGAGCAGCAGGACAGAUACUCCCCAGAAACCCAUGACCCUGCUGGCGAGAGGCAGCCACAGGCCACGGAGCUGCUGGCCGCUGACCAACCAAGUCUGCGGGGAACGGGUGGCCCUGCAAACUGAACGUGUGGCUGGUCCCCAAGUGCACGUCUCAGCCCUGGGAGGAAUAAAGUUCUGUUUCUGACUGUA